AUGGGCGCCUCCGAUUUCGUCGACCAUUCCCCCCACCAUCCCACCAAAGCCGCGCAGCUGGACAGCGCAACCAACGUCGUCCUCAUUGAUAACUACGACUCUUUCACGUAUAACGUUUACCAGUAUCUGGUCCUCGAAGGUGCUAAGGUCACUGUCUUCCGCAACGAUGAAAUUACCUUGGAAGAUUUGAUUGCGAAGAAGCCGACUCAGCUGGUCAUCAGCCCUGGCCCAGGUCAUCCUGAGACAGAUGCUGGUAUCAGCAGUGUAGCAAUUAAGCACUUCAGCGGAAAGAUUCCUGUUUUUGGUGUGUGCAUGGGUCAGCAAUGCAUUAUCUCGUCGUUUGGCGGAAAGGUGGAUGUCACCGGCGAAAUCCUGCAUGGCAAGACGUCGAUACUGAAGCAUGACUCGAAGGGUGUCUAUGAAGGCCUGCCUGAGUCUCUUGCAGUUACUCGGUACCAUUCGCUUGCUGGCACGCACUCGACUAUUCCUGAAUGUCUGGAGGUGUCUUCUUGGGCACAGCUGAAUGACGACAGCGGGAAGACCGUCAUUAUGGGUGUGAGACACAAAGAACUUACUGUCGAAGGAGUUCAAUUCCACCCGGAGAGUAUCCUCACCGAAUAUGGACGGUCGAUGUUCAGAAGCUUCCUCAACCUUACGGCGGGUACCUGGGAGGAAAACAAACAGCACUCUGCUCAACCAAACAGCACCUCCGCGGCGAAUACCGCAAUGACCGCGAACGGUGCCGCCAAGCCGGAGAAGAAGGUCUCUAUUCUGGAGAAGAUCUACGAUCAUCGCAAGGCCGCUGUUGCCAUUCAGAAGACUAUUCCUUCGCAACGCCCAGAGGAUCUGCAGGCGGCGUAUUAUCUCAAUAUUGCCCCACCACAGGUUCCCUUCCCUGCUCGUCUCAGACAGUCACCGUACCCGCUUUCACUCAUGGCGGAAAUAAAGCGUGCUUCUCCCUCUAAGGGCAUGAUCGCUGCGCACGCAUGUGCUCCCGCGCAGGCCCGUGAAUACGCCAAAGCAGGAGCCAGUGUCAUCUCUGUCCUCACGGAGCCAGAGUGGUUCAAGGGUAGCAUUGAUGAUCUGCGUGCUGUUCGACAGAGCCUCGAGGGUCUGCCUAAUCGGCCUGCUAUCUUGCGGAAGGAAUUUGUUUUUGACGAGUAUCAAAUUCUGGAGGCACGGCUGGCCGGCGCUGACACUGUCUUGCUCAUUGUGAAGAUGCUUAGUGUUGAUCAGCUAACCAAGCUAUACCACUAUUCUCGCAGCCUUGGAAUGGAGCCUUUAGUUGAAGUCAAUACUCCCGAGGAGAUGAAGAUUGCUGUUGAUCUUGGUUCUCAGGUCAUUGGUGUCAACAACCGAGACUUGACGAGCUUCGAAGUCGAUCUCGGUACCACCAGUCGGCUGAUGGAUCAGGUCCCGGAGAGCACCAUUGUCUGUGCUCUUAGUGGAAUCUCUGGGCCUAAAGAUGUCGAAGCUUAUAAGAAGGAAGGAGUGCGAGCUAUUCUGGUUGGCGAGGCUCUCAUGCGCGCAGCUGAUACUUCUGCCUUUGUAGCAGAGCUUCUCGGAGGCGAAGCUCAACCCGCGCAGGCAUCGAGCUCUCCCUUGGUUAAGAUCUGUGGUACCCGUACUGAAGAAGGAGCCAGGGCUGCCGUUGAGGCUGGCGCAGAUUUGAUCGGUAUCAUCCUUGUUGAGGGAAGGAAGCGAACUGUUCCGGAUGAUGUUGCCCAGCGCAUUGCAAAUGUCGUCAAAUCAACAACUCGGCCUGUUGCUCAAGGCACAGUGACGACCUCAGCGGACUACUUUGAUCACUCAGCCCAGCUUCUUCGCCAUCCGACGCGCGCUUUGGUUGUUGGUGUUUUCCAGAAUCAGUCGUUGUCGUAUGUAUUGGCUAAACAGCAGAAACUGGGACUUGAUGUUGUGCAACUGCACGGAUCUGAACCGUUGGAAUGGGCCAGCUUGAUUCCGGUACCUGUCAUCCGUAAGUUCUCCUUGGACGAGCCCGGAAUUGCACGCAGGGCCUAUCACACCCUGCCCUUACUAGACUCUGGAGCAGGUGGAUCUGGUGAGCAGCUUGAUAAGUCGCAAGUUCAAAAAGUUCUGAAAAGCGAUGAGGGCUUGCGGGUCAUCUUGGCCGGUGGCUUGGGUCCGGACAACGUUCUCACCGUUAUGCAGCAACUGGGCAAGUUGGGAAGCAAGGUGUCCGGAGUGGAUGUCAGCUCAGGUGUCGAAUCGAAUGGUUCCCAAGACCCUGACAAAAUCCGUGCUUUUAUCCAGGCUGUAAAGAGUCUUCAACAAUAA